AUGGCUGUCCAAGACACUACAGGAAAGAAGCGCAAGGGCGCAUCAGAGGCGGCGCCCAAAGCGAAGAAGCCGAGAAAGUCGGACGAUGUCACGCCCGUCGAAGCCAAGCCAACGCGGAAAUCUGCGCGCAAGCAAGCCGCCGACUUCAUGGACAUUGAAGAGGAAGCUGCGCCUGUCGCCGUUGCCGAGCCUGUCAAGCCCAAGAAGGGCAAGAAGAGCAAGGCCGCUGCCGACGUCGAUACCGAGAUGGCCGAGCCCGUCGCGGAGGUAGUCGAGGUCGCUGAAGUACAGGAGAAGCCUAAGAAGCAAGCAAAGAAGGGCAAGGCCGCCGCCAAGGUCAACACCGAGGUCGCUGAGCCUGUCGCUUCCGUUGUAGAGGUCACUGAAGUGCAAGAAAAGUCCAAGAAGGGUGGCAAGAAGGGCAAGGCUGUAGUCGCAGAGGAGACUGUCGUGGCAGAGGCUCCCAAGGAGAAGGCUAAGAAGUCUAAGAAGGGAAAGGUUGCAGAGCCUGAGCCCGUUGAGGACGCUGUCGCUGUAGUAGAGAAGACUACCACAGUCGCAAAGCCAAAGAAGGCGAAGGGAGGAAAGAAGCAGGAGGCGACCGAACCCGAGGUCGAGGUCACCGAGGUCACAGUGGCGGAAGACGACGCAGACGAUGCUGCCGAAGACGACCAGACGGCAGCUCUCCUCGCUGGCUUCAGCGACUCCGACUCAGACGACGCCGAUGAGGACGUCAACUUUGACGAAGAAGCAAAGGUUCCCAAGCUCAGCGCAAAGCAGCGGAAAGCGAUCAAGCAGGCCGAGGCGGCACCCAAGUCCAACCAGCCUGGUGUUCUCUACGUUGGUCGUGUGCCCCGCGGUUUCUUCGAGCCCCAGAUGAAGCAGUACUUCUCGCAAUUCGGCAAGGUGAACCGGUUACGCUUGUCACGCAACAAGAAGACUGGUGCUUCCAAGCACUUCGCUUUCGUCGAGUUCCAAUCCGAAGAAGUCGCUGACAUCGUCGCACGAACAAUGAACAACUACCUACUGUUCGGUCACAUCCUCAAGGUCCACCUGAUUCCUGCCGAACAGGUACACCCCGACCUCUUCAAGGGUGCCAAUGAGCGUUUCAAGGUCGACCCUCGCAACAAGAAGGCCGGUCUCGAGAUGGAGCGCGGUGUUGAGCGUGCGCAAUGGGAGAAGCGCGUGGAGAACGAGAACAAGAGAAGGACAAGCAAGGCUAAGCAGCUCAAGGAGGUCUUUGAUUACGAGUUCGAAGCACCGGCGCUCAAGACUGUCGACAGCGUCCCUAAGCACACCACCAUCACUACGCUCGAGGCCGCAAAGCCCCAAGAGCUUCUUACUCAGGCGGCUACUGAGGAGACCACAGCUGCUGAGCUCCCCAAGGCCAAGAAGGGCAAGAAGGGCGCCAAGGCUCAGGCAGCACUACAACCUGCUGAGGUUACUGAGGUCACAGAGGUAGUCGAGGCUGUCUCACCUGCGCCAGCAAAGAAGGGCAAGAAGGGUGCAAAGGCCAAGCCUGUUGAGGCAGCUGAGGUCACAGAGGUAGUCGAGGCUGUCUCACCUGCGCCAGCAAAGAAGGGCAAGAAGGGUGCAAAGGCCAAGCCUGUUGAGGCAGCUGAGGUCGUUGUGGAGGAGGUUGCCGCGCCUGCCCCAGAAAAGAAGACCAGGAAGCGCAAGUCGGAUGUCACGGUCGAGACUACUACCGUCACCGAGGAGACCGUCCCAGAAGUAACGCCCAGGAGCAAGCGAACCAAGAAGGAGAAGGUCGUCGUCGAGCCCAUCGUCGAGGAGGUCGAGGAGAAGAAGGCCGCUGCCAAGCCGAAGAAGGCCAAGAAGGCGAAGGCCUAA